CAGUGUUAUGAAAACAUUAAACACACGCCUCCCUCAGUUCGGAUCGGACGCGUCUGUUCACAGGUUAAAGAUGCUGAAAGCUGUGGGACAAGCUCUGUUCUCCACUGGACUACAAAACCCAGAGUUCACUGCGGUGGAGGGCAACAAGGCAGAGGACUAUGAGAUCCGCACCUACCACGCCACCAAGUGGGUGAGCACGUCUCAGAGCGGGAUGCACCUGGACGCAGCCAUGAAAGACGGCUUCCGCAGACUCUUCAGCUACAUCCAGGGCAACAACCACAAGAAGGUCAAAGUGGAGAUGACGGCCCCUGUGACGGGCCGUGUGGACCCUGGAGCCGGCCCGGCCUGCGAGUCCCAGUUCACCGUGUCCUUCUACAUCCCGGUGGAGCAUCAGGAGAACCCACCGGAGCCGAGCGACCCGCUGGUGUUUGUGGAGCACAGGGAGGAGUUCACCGCUUACGUCAGGACGUACGGAGGCUUCUCCAAUGAGAACCUGAAGCGAGAGGAGCUCCUGAAGCUGCUGGAGAGCCUGCAGAGGGACGGCGUCCCGUACGUGGAGAAGCCGUAUUACACGGUCGGGUACGACAGCCCCUUCAAACUGACCAACCGCAGGAACGAGGUCUGGGUGCUGAAGAAAGUCGAGCAGCAAUAGAGAGAUUCAAAGGUCACGCAGCAUCGAACCCACGGUGGCAGAUUUUCAUAUGAUAAUUUCACCACACUUACAAAUUUAACACAGUUCCUAUUAAUGAAGUAUGAUGGAUUAAGAUUUAAAGGUCAUUUAAAAAGUACUUUCUUUACAUAAGUUGUAUCAGUUUACAUUUACUUAACUAAAAAGUUACUGAAUAGACUCGCUGUCUGAAAGCAGCUGCAGUGAACUCCACCUUUAAACAGCUGGAGGAGCAAGUGGCUGCAGUGGAGUUUAUAUCUCCAGCAGAGGGAGCCAAAUAGUCAGAAGACAGUUCUCUCCUCUGGUGUAAUUGUUUUUUUAAAGGUACAAAAAAGACUCAGAAAUCUCACUGAUCUGGUAAUGAAGCAGUUGUAAUGUAACAGAGUAAUCACUCACAAUAUGAACAUGAAAACACAUUAUUGAUUCAUGUAAGUGUUUCUUCUGUCUGCUCUGGCCACAGAGAACAUUUCCUAAUGCCAACACAAGAGAUGAUAAAGUACAAGUGUGAAUGAGGCUUUUUCUCUGAGUUUAACAAAUCAAGUCGGCAUUUUACCAAAACAAAAAAAAAUUUCAAAGUCAAGAACUUCCUCUCUGUCAAAACAGUUCAGCAGAGCAAGAAAAAACAGAAGAACUCUGCACAAAAAGAGACUGAUUUUGCCUAAAAAGCCACUUGACUCAGAGUGAAGCUUCAGCUGACGUCUUGAAUCAUUGGGGAGUGAACUGGAGUCUGUCAGCCUGACGACAUGAUGGUGAAUUGAUCUGAUCCCACACAUCACUCACGUCUCAUAUUAUUUGACACUAAGUGGACUGUAUGAAUACAGCACUUAGCAAAUACCACUUGUAUUUGCUUCUAUAUUUCUAACACACACAGUCGGCACAGCUGUCAGAGCCAAUAUGGGAUUCAGGAUCUUGCCCAUAGACUGGAGGGGAUCGAACCACCGACCCUCUGGUUAGGAGACGACUGACAACAAAUAUCGUCCUGGUGUAUUCAGCAUUCACGCCAGCAUCAUCAAAUUAUGUGAAUGAAAAAUGAAUUGUCUGUUCACGUGUGCUGAAAAAAAAGAUACCAAACAUUUGCAUGGCAGACAUUUUUUUUAUUAAUGUCGAUAAACACAAAAUCAAGUUCUUGUGUGUAAAGCUCUUAUUUACCAUAAUGUUGUGCCUUGUGUGUAAAACAUACUGACAAAGAGUGACAGUAACAUGUUGAAACUCUGCCUUAAACACCACUUUACCUAUUUUUAUACAUUCCAUUAUAUGAAUAUUUACAUUUUCAGCUCCUGACCGAUUCUGAAUCGUUUUUUAAUCUUGAAUAAGGGACAUGAUGGAUGUUAAUAGGGAAAAAUAACAUGAGAACAUAUGUUUGGAUCAAGGGAAAAAGCACUUUUGAAUAAUGUAAACUUUAAUAUAAUCAAUAAUAAAUAUAACGCUUCAUAAAA